GUCGCGGCCCCGAAGCGAAGCGGAGCGCCUCGGAUCCCGGAGCGCGGUCCCCAGACCGGCCGCGUCUAUGGUCGCUCCGCGGACGCUUCGCCGGCUGGUGCUGUUUCAUCAGGGAGGGCUGUAUUCCAUGGCAGGGAACUUUUGGCAGAGCUCCCAUUAUUUGCAAUGGAUUUUGGAUAAACAAGAUCUAUUGAAGGAGCGCCAAAAGGACUUAAAAUUUCUCUCCGAAGAAGAGUAUUGGAAGUUACAAAUAUUUUUUACAAAUGUUAUCCAAGCAUUAGGUGAACAUCUUAAAUUAAGACAACAAGUUAUUGCUACUGCUACAGUUUAUUUCAAGAGAUUCUAUGCCAGGUAAGGCUAUUUUAUUUUUGGGGACUAUGUUAUAGCUAUUUUAAAUAUUUUUCUUUCUUUUUUUUUUUUUUUUGCUUUGGAAUUUGGAGUGGUUUCUAAUACGAGGUUGAUUGCUGCUGCUACUUCUGUAUUGAAAACUAGAUUUUCAUAUGCCUUCCCAAAGGAAUUCCCCUAUAAGAUGAAUCAUAUAUUAGAAUGUGAAUUCUAUCUACUAGAACUAAUGGAUUGUUGCUUGAUAGUGUAUCAUCCUUACAGACCUUUGCUCCAGUAUGUGCAGGACAUGGGCCAAGAAGACAUGUUGCUUCCCCUUGCAUGGAGAAUAGUGAAUGAUACCUACAGAACGGAUCUUUGCCUACUGUAUCCUCCUUUCAUGAUAGCUCUAGCUUGCCUACAUGUGGCCUGUGUUGUACAGCAGAAAGAUGCCAGACAGUGGUUUGCUGAACUUUCUGUGGACAUGGAGAAGAUUUUGGAAAUAAUCAGGGUUAUUUUAAAACUGUAUGAGCAGUGGAAGAAUUUCGAUGAGAAAAAAGAAAUGGCUACUAUUCUUAGUAAGAUGCCGAAACCAAAACCACCUCCAAACAGUGAAGGAGAGCAGGGUCCAAAUGGAACUCAGAACUCUAGCUACAGCCAAUCUUAAAACAUUCCGAAGAAGUCUAGUGGAGCACUUGGAAAUAAACCAUUGGACAAUUUCAGUAAUGUCUUCAGUGGGACACAAAUGAAAACGAAUAGCUUGCUUCUGUCAAGCAUGUUGGGAAGUGAUUUUAUUUUUGGAAAAUAAGUUGUUCUUUACCCAAUUUGGUUCCAGUACAUCAUUGAUUAAAAUCUCUUGAUUAUAACAGUGCAGAAGGGCUGUAAGGGGACCUACAGACAGACAUAGACAUUACAAAGUUAAGAGCUUUUAAUGAGUAUAUUAUUUCUUGAUUUUGGAUAAUAGAACUUUUUUAGCUUUUUAUUAAGGCAGGAAUCAUGAAGCCUAAUUUGUUUGAAAUCCAUUUUGGUCAGUAAGACAAAAAAGGACAUUAAAGAAAAUCCUAUGAGGGUUUUGGUCCUUCCCCUCCCUGAUCCCCCAUUUUACUUUAAAAUUGUACUUAAGGGGAUUCAACUCUUUAAAAAUCCUGGAAGAUUUUGAUAAUGAUGAUGAUAAUUUCAGGGAAAUUAAUCAAGUACUUAUUGCUUUUAAAAUGUUUUAUAUUCAGUACUUUUAGUAUUUUUCCACAGAAGAUACUAACCCAGUCUUGUAGAAAAGUGCAAUAUGUAUAGUAUACUCUGACAUUUUUAAAGUUAAUUCUGCAACCAUUUUGAAAUGCUGAGCAAAAAAAAUUUUUUUAAAUAUUACGUAAGGUUAUUUGGAUCAAUCACAGUCAACAGGCAUUUUGAAAGCCUGCAAUAAUUAAUAUAGAUUGAAUACAAAUGUUCAUUUUUAAUCUACUAUAAAAAGGGUUUUUUUCUGAGAUAGCUAUACCCCAGCUUAAUAUUUUUAUGUCUUCAUAUGGAGUUAGAUUUUUUUUUCAGCUAUCUUGAACCAGAAAAACAAUCAGGUUUUAGGCCAGUUUCUUAAUUCUCAUAUGAGUGUAGCACUAAAGACUAAAUGUUACACCAGUAGUACUGUGCUGUCUGUGGAGUUUAGUAAGUUAAACAUUUUCUUCAGACUUGAAGGAGAGUGAUAAAUAAAACUUGGGAUCAUAGGAAAUUUAUGUACAAUUAAGGAUUUUUUUAAUAAAUCAGUUGUGAAAAAUGGAUAUUAAAUUAAGUGUUAAUUUCCUAGUAUAAAACAUCAAGAAUAAAAGUGAGAUCUCCACUCUAUUGGA